GACAGCAGAGACCCAAACAGCAUCCUCCCUUGUGGACUGCGCUUGAAGCCUGGGACCCUUGUAUCAAUCAGGGGAGCCAUCAGGGGAUCAUGUAUGCCAACGGAAAAGUGGCUCUGGUGACUGGAGCAGCUCAGGGUAUUGGCAGGGCUAUGGUGGAAGAACUUCUGCAGAAAGGGGCUGCGUUGGCUUUAGUGGAUCAAAAUCGCAUAGCAGGCGAACUGUGCAAAGCUUCCUUGGAUGAACAGUUUGGAAGUCACAGGACAUUGUUUAUCCAGUGUGACGUCACAGAUCAGAAGCAGCUAAAAGAUGCUUUUCGGAAGACAGUGGAACAUUUUGGAAGGUUAGACAUACUUGUUAACAAUGCAGGCGUGAAUAACGAAAAGGACUGGGAAAAAACAAUUGAAGUUAACCUGACUUCAGUUAUUCGAGGAACCUAUCUUGGCUUAGAACUUAUGAGCAAAAAGAAUGGGGGUGAUGGUGGAGUAAUAAUCAACAUUUCAUCUCUGGCCGGUCUUACACCUGCUGCCUAUCAACCAGUUUACUCGGCUUCAAAACAUGGGGUUAUUGGAUUUACACGAUCAAUCGCUGCACUUGCUUCAAUUGGAAAUUAUGGAGUACGGAUAAAUACUGUUUGUCCAGCCUUUGUUGACACACCUCUUCUAGAAUCUAUUGAAAAGGAAGAAAAUAUGGGGGAUUUUUUUAAGUACAAAGAUAGAAUAAAGGACAUGAUGAAAUGCUAUGGUGUUUUAGAUCCAUCUCUUAUUGCCAAAGGAAUGAUAAAUCUUAUAGAAGACGAUGCGUCCAACGGGGCCGUAAUGAAAAUCACAACUUCCCGGGGGAUUCAUUUUGAAGAAUUUGGGGUCCAACAGAAGACAAAAAUAUAAAAGUAUAAAUGAACCAAAAUGACACUGACAUUGUCUUAAAAUUCUAUUAAAACCUCCUAAGCUUUUCUACAAUGCAAUGCAAGUUGGCCCUGAAGAAUGUUAACAUUUUUAUCUAAGUUGUCAUCUGCAACUUAAUUAUACUUUCUGUUUUUGUUUUUGAAUGAUUUUAUAUUUGUUUCAUCUGAUUGCCUUUUUAAAAGACUAACCAUGUGUCCUUAGCAAAGGUCUCUCGUAGGGGGUGUCACCUCACUGUCACCUCAACCUGCCAAGGUUUGAUUUUUAAGGCUGAUGUGGAGCACCCUAGUGCUUUACUCCCUCCCCUGGAAUCACUGGUUCCUCGUGGAGGGGGCAGACUGAUGCUAAUUGGUACCAUUUAGAAAAAGCAUUACUUAAUCAGCAAUUUAUUUUUACGUUUUUCCAGUUUUUGCACUAGUUUAAUCCAAGUUUUUAUCUUCUGGGGGGCCAAUUCAUUAACUUUGAGUGAAGGAAUAGAAGAAAAAAAACUUUGAAUUUCGAAGUGUUUUUUUGACUACUUCAACCAUCGAAUGGGCUACUUCGACCUUCGACUAUGAAUUCGUAUCGAAGGAUUCGAACUAAAAAUCAUACUGUCUCUUUAAGAAAAAACUUCAACCCCCUAGUUCGCCGCCUAAAAGCUACCGAACCCAAUGUUAGCCUAUGGGGAAGGUCCCCAUAGGCUUGGCUAAAUUUUUUUGGUCAAAGGAUAAUCCUUCGAUCGUUGGAUUAAAAUCCUUCGAAUCUUUCAAUUCGAAGGAUUUAAUUGUUUGAUCGAACGAUUAUUCCUUCGAUCGCAGUAUUUGCGCAAAAUCCUUCGACUUCGAUUUUUGAAGUCGAAGGAUUUUCAUUCCCAGUCGAAUAUCGAGGGUUAAUUAACCCUCGAUAUUCGACCCUUGAUGAAUUUGCCCCUAAGUGUUCAAGAACUAAUUAGCUCAACAGUACACUGUUCCCUAUGUAGCAGAACAUGCAUAUUCAAUACAAUGCUGAAUAUAUGAUCUUGGUUAUGGGGUGACAGCAAAUGGGCGCCAUCUUCCAGCAUGAAACAAUGACAAGAAUAUUACACUGAUAUGUUCAAUGUUGUACAGUAUAGUGAAGUAAAUCUUGUACAGUUAUUUAAAUGUUAUUCUUGUAAAAUACUUUGUUGUGUGAGUUUAUUUUACUGUUGAGUCCUUCUAAGGAUUUUUCUUAUUUAAAAAAAAAAAAUAUCCGUAUAGUUCUUAUUUGUACAAAUUUUAAUAUCCACAAUAGAAUCAAAAUCCUUAAAAAUUACAUAUAUUUUAUCUUUAAAUCAUUUAUCUUUGAAAAAAUCUUUUUUCAAAUAAAUAUGAAAUUUGUUUACAUGCUUA